AUGGCCACCAAAACAGAGACAGAGGAGACAAAAAUUGAGUACGACCGACAAAGAAGUAACAGUGACCCCCGACCGAAUCUGGAUUCAUUCAAGCCUGUUGUGACGGAGAAGGAUAAGAAGAAAAAUGGAGAGAUGAAGUCUGGUUCCUUGGGGACCAGCACCCCGCCUCCAGAGAGGAAAAGUAAAUUUGCUUCCAUUGGAAAAUUGUUCAAACCUUGGAAAUGGAAACGAAAGAAAAAGAGUGAAAAAAUCGAGAAAACUGCUGUUGAGUUAGAACGUAAAAUUUCCCUUCGCUCAACACGGGAGGAGUUGAUAAAGAAAGGAGUUUUGAAGCCAGACGAUGGCUCUGUCAAGUCUCAACAAAACCAUGAUGUGGUGAAGGAUAAGAUUGAGGAAACUCCAGAACCACAAAUGACGCCAACUGUGGAGACUGUGGAGCUUACAGAAGCAGUGAAGGAGAGAGGGGAGGCAGAGGAUCAGAAGGAGGAAUCAAGUACAGACUCUCCCAUCCCAGACAGGAAGGAGGAAGAGGAGGUGGCAGCUCCUGAAGCUCCAGAAUCUACCACUAUUACAACACAGGCCCAGAUCACCCCCACCAGUACACAAAUCAGUAACCCAGUUCUCACAACAGCCAAUGCCAGGCCGAUGAUUAUACCUGCUGCUGCUUCUCAAGUACCUCAGGACCCGCCAAUCCCAGCCCCCAGACCUUCCAUUACCAUGGAGGUGCAACAACCCAGUACAGUCCAAUUUGUUGCUAAAGAACAGAUUAUCUCGGACAAUCAUCUCCCUGAUGAUGAUGAUGAAGAGGAGGAGGAAGAUUUGAGUGACCUAGAUGUGACAGAACCAGAGAAGAGUGAACCGGAAUCGAACUUGAACCCUGGCUUUGAACAGGUCCCUGCUUCUGAACCGGAUCUGAAUAAACAACCUAAAAAAAGUGCUUUGAAGUCCAGAUUUGAACUGAAUGGUGAUGUUCCUGUGACGCCAGAGCCUUCAUCACAAAUAGACAGCAGUAGUACACUUAGUGUUAAGAACAUCGAUCAGCAGCCGAAGCCUUCUCCACUAGCCACACCCCUCACUGGCAAUAUAGGCCGGCCUCGGCUUAGAGCAGGAUUUGUGCAUGUUCCCACACCAACAGGAGGGGAUAGUGAUAAGGAAAACACCCCAAUCCCUGUGUCGAUGCCAGUAGUUCCCUCACCAGUGUCUUUCCAAAACACACCCAACUCAUCCACACAGCAACACUCCUAUGAUGACUCUUCAUCUGACGAUGAAGAAAUCAAGUACCGUGAUGAUGACGAGGAUGAGAUGGAGACAAGUUCUUUAGCAGCAAAAGUUGCCAGACAGGAUAGUUUAGCUAGGUUUUUAAGUAAUCGACCAUCACAUCAUGACCUGGUGGAGAAAAACAUCAUCCCCUCGGAGACAGAGGACCAGAAGCAGGUUCAGAGAUUCAACAUAGGCCAUAAGUUAACCAGGCGACUGAGCUUACGGCCUACCCAGGAUGAGCUACUUCAAAGAAAUAUUUUACACAACCAGUCCUCAGAUGAUGCUAUCCGGGAAAAGGAAGAGAAAAAGAAAUAUCUGAUCAGAAAACUCAGCUUCAGACCUACUAUAGACGAGCUGAAGGAGAAGAAAAUUAUCAAAUUUAGUGACUAUGUGGAGUGGACAGACGCCAAUGAGUAUGACCGUCGCGGCGACAAGCCUUGGACACGCCUCACUCCUAAAGAUAAGGCUGCAAUAAGAAAAGAGUUGAAUGAAUUCAAAAGUAAAGAAAUGGCUGUCCAUGAAGACAGUCGACAUUUAACCAGGUUUCACAGGCCUUGAGAACAAAUCUACAUUAUUUGCUUAACAAACACCUAUGUGAUAUAGGCCUGCAGAGAGUCAACAGCAGAUCGGGACAGAAAUCACAGCCAUCUGAUUGGCUGUGUUGAUCAAAUGCUGUGUUCUGAUUGGCUGAGCUUCCCAGUGAAACUGGAAUGUUGCAGAUUAUCAGGGACUUGAAACAUACCAUUACACAAAUAAGACUUUAUUUUUAUUGAUGCUGACAUUUGAUAUGUUCUGGUGCCUCCAGUGGAGAACUGGAAAACUCCACAAGAUGCAAGCAAGCUUAUUGCAGAGAUAUGAAUGAAUGAAUGUGAGAUGAUGUGUGUAAUGAUGGCGCUUGAAUACCACAUCUAAGUAAAACAGUUAUAUUAUUUUUGUGGUGAUCAUUAUUGGUAUUUUGUUGAUUUUGUUUUGGGAAUCCAAGAUAUGCACACUAAUGAUGUUUGAUUGUUCCUUGUAAGGUAGUGUUCUGGAGAUUUACCAUUAAAGGUUGACACAUAUAAUAUAGAGGUGUACACUGAUUGUAAUAUAGAGGUGUACGUUAUCUCUGUAAUAUAGAGGUGUACAUUAUCUCUGUAAUAUAGAGGUGUACAUUAUCUCUGUAAUAUACAGGUGUACAUUAUCUCUGUAAUAUAGAGGUGUACAUUAUCUCUGUAAUAUAGAGGUGUACAUUAUCUCUGUAAUAUAGAGGUGUACAUUA